CCGUUCCCGACGCAGUCCCCGCCGGCCGGACGCUUCGUUUCCGGCAAAAGACGCGAUGAGAGCCCCCUCACCAGCUUAAAUUCAAAGCAACACGCCGGCUCCCCCUCAUCAGCUCAAGAGCCCUCCCUCCCACCUCCCAUCCAACUUCUCCAUCUCGCCAGCCACGGGACAUGAAGAGGAAAAAGAAGGCGGCAGAACCCGCGGCCAAGAGGCGCAGGCCGCGGGACCGGGAUGGCGAGCUCGUCGGCGACGGGGAUCUCAUCAGCAAACUCCCCGAUGACAUCCUCGGCACCAUCAUCUCCCUCCUCCCCACCAAAGACGGCGCGCGCACGCAGGCCAUCGCCCGCAGAUGGCGUCCCCUCUGGCGCUCCUCGGCUCUCAACAUUCAUGGUGCCCAUUCCCUCUGCUCCAACGCCUUCAAGUGCUUCUCCAUCGUCUCCAGGAUCCUCGCCGACCACCCUGGCCCCGCCCGCCGCUUCCACUUCCACCACAUCCGCCUCCACAAACACAAGAAACGGCAUGCCGAGGAAGCCGCUCAGGUCGACAACUGGUUCCAUUCCCGAGCCCUUGACAAGCUUCAGGAGCUCGACAUCAGCUUUGAGUUCUUGGGCUAUGAACCUCGGAAGCUUUACCCGCUGCCACCAUCCGUGUUCCGCUUGGCAUCCCUCCUCGUGGCCACAUUCAGCUUCUGCGAAUUCCCAAGUCAGAUUGCUCCUUCGCUGAGUUUUCCCACCCUCAAGCAGCUCACCCUGUUUCGCGUUUUCAUCUGCGAGGAUGUCUUUCGGCGGGUGCUCUCUGCCUGCAAUGUCUUGGAGUCACUUGAAUUGGCGGACAUUUGUGAUGCGAAUUGCUCGCGCUUGGGCAUUAGCUCCAAAAGUCUUAGGAGCGUGAGCCUCUGCGCUUGUUUUUCAGGCAAAGGAGAAUUGUUCAUUGAGGACGCCCCUCUCCUUGAAAGGCUGCUAUUACCUUGUCCGGGUGCAGGCAGUGAUACUGUCCGGGUAAUUAAGGCACCUAAACUGGAGAUAUUAGGCCCUUUGUCUCCCUGCAUCCCUGAAAUUGAGAUUGCUAAUAUAUUCUUCAAGAGUUUGAUCCCAACAAGCUUGAAUAAUACCAUAGACACAAUGAAGGCUUUGGCUCUCGAGUUUUCGGCCACCGAUUUGAAUGCUGUUAUUGAUGUCUUAAGAUGCUUCCCCUGCUUGGAGAAGCUUCAUGUCAUUAUAAAGGAGGGAACUCAAAGGGUGUUGGCGCUUGGAGCAAAAGUCAUGGAGCAUGUGGCAAGUGAAGCCCACCGUGCAUCAUAGGGGUGGCAUCGUCGUCCGAGGGUUCUGAGAAUCAGUGGCUGGACUUCCUCGACCGGCUACGUCCCUUGCGUGGUGCAUAGCUCCUGUGUUGGCCUUGCUUCUGGAUGCGUUGAUUCUCCUUUGAUGGUCCAUCUAUUAGACUGAUUUUUAUCAUCUUUCGUUCUUGGGUUAAACUGUUGUGCGCCUUUGGUGUGUAAUAAUAAGUUGGAGUUUGGUGUCCCUCAAAAAAAAGUUGGAGUUUGGUGAUUUGUUGCCUGUUUAGUCGCUUUGCUGUUGAGUCCUAGGGGCUUGUGAUGGAUCGAACCAAAUGAUUUCUUUUAAUGAAAAAACAUGUGAACAAACAUGCUAUACUGCUGUGUA